AUGGGUCUUGCUAUCCCUUACCUUGUGACCAGCCUUCUGAUGAGUCUAACACUUUCCCGAAAGGGGAGCACAGGAGCGGAACUGAUGGCAGCUCUUCUUCUGACAGCCAGGCCCCAGGAGUUGGUGACAUUUGAGGAUGUGGCUGUGUAUCUCACAAAAGAGGAAUGGGGACAACUGGGCCCUGCUCAGAGGAGGCUCUACAGGGACGUGAUGCUGGAGAAUUUUGAGAAUGUCAUUUCACUGGAAUACAGUCUGGCUGGGACAGAGCUCUGGGGCGGCUCUGGGUCGGUUCUAAGACCAAAUGGCCACAUGUGGCUUCCUUUCCCACGAGCAGGAUUUCCUGUUUCCAAACCUGACCUGAUCUCCCAGCUGGAGCGAGGGGAAGUGCCAUGCUUGCCAGAUCUGCCCAGAACUGAGGUUCCAGAAAUCCAUGGUGCUAAGAGCUCUGUGACUGAGAAAGAGGCAUCUAUUCCACAGCAGGAAGUUGGUGAAGAAGUGAAAACCCAGGGAAUAUUGUCAGCAGGCUCCCCAAAGGGGAUUCACCAGGACUCUCUAGUUGGAGGACACUGUGAUAUUGAGGGUGGGUUAGGGCAGCAGCAGGGAAACCCUGUAGGAGAUAGGUCCCAGCCAUCUGAUUCAUGUGGCAGCCUCACAGAUAAUUCAGAUUUUUCACAGCAACACCAGAGACAGGAGCAAAGAGUAGAGAAUCCCUAUGAAUGUAAAGACUGUGGGAAGGCCUUCAGACUUAACAUAGAACUUAUUCAGCAUGAACGAAUACACAGUGGCGAGAAACCCCAUGAAUGCGAGGAAUGUGGGAAGGCCUUCAAGGGACACUCAGAGCUUAUUGAACAUGAGAGAAUUCACAGUGGAGCAAAACCCUAUAAAUGUAAGGAGUGUGGGAAAGCCUUCAGGAGGAGCUCAGGCCUUAGUAGACAUAGGCGAAUUCAUAGCAUAGUAAAGCCCUAUCGAUGUAAUGAAUGUGGGAAGUCCUUUAAGAGGAGUACAGGCCUUAGUCAACAUCAGAAAGUUCACAGUGGAGAGAAACCCUAUGAAUGUAAUGAAUGUAGGAGAGCCUUCAAAGUUAGCACACACCUUAUUCGGCAUCAGAGAAUUCAUAGCGGUGAGAAGCCUUUUGAAUGUAAUGACUGUAGAAAAGGCUUCAGGGAACAUUCAGACCUUAUUAAGCAUCAGAGAAUUCAUACUGGAGAAAAACCCUAUAAGUGUGAUGAAUGUGAUAAAGCCUUUCGGGGGCAAUCUGGCCUUCUUGAACAUCAGAGAAUUCAUAGUGGAGCAAAACCAUUUGAAUGUAUUCAGUGUGGGAAGGCAUUCAGAAGGAGUUCAGAACUUACCAAACAUCGGCGAAUUCAUACGGGAGAAAAACCCUAUGAAUGUAAGGAAUGUGGGAAGCCUUUCAGGGGACCUUCAGACCUUAUUAAACAUAGGAGAAUUCAUAGUGGAGCAAAACCUUAUGAAUGUAAUGAAUGUGGGAAAACCUUCAGGAGGAGUUCAGGUCUUAAUCGACAUCGGAGAAUUCAUAGUGGAGCAUCACUCCAUGGAUGUGAUGAGUGUGGGAAAGCCUUUAGGAAGAGUUCAGCCCUUUACAGACAUCAAAAAAUUCACAGUUGUUAG